CCAGAGCAGGAUGUGGUGCACUGUGGUAGGGCUGGCUUUGGGUUUCCUCUUCUGGAGGUCCUUUGGCUGAACUCAGGUCUCACCAUGCCCUGUGUUCCACACACACAGACCCAUCCCACAGAUGGCAGGUGAUCUCCAGAUCCUCUUACUCAGAAGUGAGGAAGAGCAGAUGGCACACGAAGAUGGAAAGAAGGCUGAAUGUUGUCCUGUGUGUGAUCUCAGAAGUGAGGCAGCUCAGCUGAACACAUCAUUAAUAUUUAAGGAACAGCAGGACUGCAUCAGGAGCAAUGCUGCCAGAGGCAUGAAGAGGCUAAUGGGGACCAGAAGUGAGCCUGGAUCCUUCUCCAGCAGGUUCCUACACCAGGUGCUUCAGCUGCGCUUGGUCAGGUCCCUGCUGAAGGUGCUUCAGAAGGCAUCAGUCUGGGUUGGAUUUGUGGUCCCUCUGGAGGCCAUCAUCAGCAGAGUCUGCCCUGUGCAGGCUCCCUGUAGACCCACACGGUUUGCCAAGAAGCGCCAUGGGCGCCUGACGCGUCUCCUCCUUGCCUUCAUCCCCACCAGGAUCCAAGCAGUCCUCGGCCACCUGCCCACAAACUGGGGCCAGAGCAGCAAACCCAAGGAGGUCCGAGAAGCUCUGAUCAACCCAUCCAGCAAAGCAAACAAGAGGAAAAGGGACGAUGUAGCUCUGGAGGAGCAGGUGUCCUGGGUGGUGGUGCUGCAAAAGGACCUGCCAGAUGAUGACCCAGAGGACCCUUCAUAUGAGCCCUCGGAGGUGGAUACAGACACUGAGGAGUACAAGUCUCAGAACAGCACAGAGACAGACCUGGAGCUUGAAGAGCAUGACGAAGCCAUUAUGUUGAAGGAGUCAGAUCCCCAGUUGGAUGAUGCCCAACCCAGUGGGGAUGGAGGAAACUCUGAGCCCUUGGCCAUGAGCUCAGAGCUGGAACAGGAGAACUCAGCUGCAUCCCGCAAUGCAGAAGAUGCUUCAAGUGAAGACAGUGGUGAUAGUGACACUCAGACACCACAAGAUGUGAGCAGUGGAGAUGGCAGUGAGCAAGAGGCUGAUGUGGAAUAUGAGAGCAGCAGUUCCUCGCAAUGUUGGGGGUCUCAGGAGCCCUGAUCCAUGGCCCUGAAUUCUGCUGUGGCUGUGACAUACCUGGUUCUCUCUGCCUGUGCUGUAAUGUAAGCUGUCCAUUUAAUGAUGUUUGGCUUUUCUUUGUUUUGAACUUCAUAAUAAAGUUACCCUAUUUUUUUUCAUACAA